GAUAUUUGCAUUUUGUUCUUUUGAUUUUUGUAUUUAGAAUUUUGAUGACAUCCGCUGUAAACAAUGUCUGGUGGCGCAAAUUUUAAAGAGAGAACUGUACAAAAUAUUUUGCUGCAAUUCUUUAGAGAUGACAGAACAAAAGUAAAUGCAGAGGCACUGAAUUUAAUGACAGAACUUCUUAACAUAUUUGUGUCUGAAGCUGUCCUGAGAACAGUUAAUGAAGCCAAGAAAGAUCAUCAAGACCAGAUACCUUUAGAUUAUUUUGAAAAGAUAUUACCACAGCUGUUGCUGGAUUUUUGAAGAAUUAAAAUGUUAAGUUUUCAUGAAUGACUAAAAUAUAAAAUUAAUGAACAUGUUGACUUGUUAAAAUGGACAAAUUAGCAGAGGAAAGCCAUUCUCUUUAGUCAAAUGCAAAACUGAUAAAUAACCAUUUUGGAAUUGUCUGAAUAUUUCUGUUCAAUAAAAAAUACAU